UUGAAUGCGAAGCUCGCGCUGAUUCGAAAUCUGAAAACGUUGUGCGCGCUGAAAAUCGUGGCAGCAGCAGCAUCUGAGUAGUGAGCAAGGGAAACAAACGUGUGUGUUCCCCCAUUGACGUUAGUUGGCGAGUCGUCAUUUAACCGCGGCCCAGUGUCGCAUCCGCGUUGUCAUUCAAAUUCGUUGCAGCUGCAAUUCAAUCGUCAAUAGCGACAACGUUGCGCAAUUAAAUGUGAAGCGCGACAAUUAGCUGAAUUUUUGUGAAUUCCAAGCGUUACUCGAUUCAUGUGCAGCAGCGAGUGCGCGAUCGAAUACCUUCCAUUGCACGCCGGAAAGCGAAAGUGUCUACGCUACGAACAAAUAUCUAUCAGCUAAGUAACGAGCUUCUUCGCAUAUUUCUAGCACGCGCGCGUCUGUCGGUGUCUUAAUCGGGCUUCAUGUGUGCUGCGUUCGAAAUAUUUAAAGUAUUUUGGAAUUUGACAUUAGGCGAUUUCUUGAAUGUUUUUUGCUAGUGAAGACUCAAUAAAAAAUAAAUUCUUGUCGCUUUUGCGAUAGUUGUUGUUUGUGUGUUUGCAAAAAGUAUCUGAAAUAUGUUUUUCGAGAAUUCACGUGAAUAUUUGACGACUCUUUCAAGCGUGUUAAAAUUGCUGCUGCAUAUUUGUAUAGAAAAAUAUUGCAAGUGUUAGUGUGUUUGUGAAAUUUCUUGAGCGCAAAAUAUUUUACUAAAAAUUCAUGAGGUGAAAUAUUGAAAAUAACAACAAUAGUAAACUACAAAUAAACAAAGCGAUUUAGAAAGCUAAUAUAUUUUCGAAAUUCAUUCACUCUCAAGGCGGAUUAUCUACACAAAACAACAUAAAAAGACAGCAGUGCAAUUGAUGGUGGCCAGGCCGAUUUUUCGUCGAUGCUGUUGACGAUGAUGACGUGAACGCGAUCGUGAUGACGAGACCAGCACAACGGCUUAGCAAGUGCUGUUGAGGGGAAGCUUUGCUGCAGUGGUGAAUGCUGACCGGCCCAUGGUAGCGAAUGUGCGCAGGGGAGAGGUGAAACGUACAUAACUAUUCUUGGCUGAAUAGUAGUCGCACGAUUAUUUAUGCUUGUGUGUAUAUGUGUGUGCCGUGAAGUAGCAGUGCGCGCGAUGAGAGAGAAAUACCAGCGAGUGAAACGUGUAUGAGGUGAGCAAUUAAAACAUUAUUCGCAACCGCCGUUCCGCUCCCUCAACUGUGCCAGCCAGCCGCUAUGAUAAAGUGCAACAACUAAAUUGUUGUUACUUAAAAAGCACUAACAAAAAACGAGUAAAAAAUAUAUUGUAAACAAAGAGGAAUAAAUAAUAGAAAAUCGUGUGCUCGGCCCGUUCGUUCGCUCAAUCGGUUGUGCGUGUAACAUUGCCUACCAAAUACAAAUACAAAAACAAAUACACAACACCUGUGCUUUUGCCAUUGUGUGCGCGAAUAGUGUGGACGUGUUGAUGUUUGUGUAACUCGUUUUUGCCGUUGUUUUUGUUAUUUUCAAACGCGGUAUGUAAAAUGCAAUAAAACUAUUGGCACGAAGAUUUCAUUCCUGGAAUACGGCAUUGCAGCGGAACCAAACAAGUGAAUACCAUCACCAUCACACCGGCACAGUAAUAACAACAACAACGGCUGCAGCAGAAACGUGUAGUGUUACUAAUAAAAACAACAAUAAGAAGAAAGCAUAAAAAACGACAGUAAGAAAGCAAAAAACAACAACAACAAGCGAUAUUAAUAAUACCACACGCACGUUUAAGGCGUUGCACACAACAACAACAACGCUAAGCUGUAAUUCAUAUUAGUGAAAAAUAAAAAUUCAAGCAUUGUUAUUGUUAUUGCCAUUGCAUACUUAAUUGAAGUUAAAUUGAAGAGCAUUCGCAUGCUGUGUGUGAAAAAGUGCUGUGCUUCGUGUGCUUCAAGAAACAGUUAUUCAUCACAUGCGCAUAAGAAAUAGAAAAAAUAAUAAUAAUAAUUCAGUUACUUGAAAGCUAGUUUAACAAUAAAAAUAAAUAAUUGUGCAAUUUGCCUGAGUAAAAUACAACAGGAACUACGUUAGAAAUCCAAACACAAACCAAAUUCAAAGUAGCAGACCUUCAGCAACUGUGAUUUUACAAAAAAUUUCAGUCCUUGGAUCACUUGGACGAUGGCAGUGUCCUGCCCCGAAGUAAUGUACGGUGCUUAUUAUCCAUAUUUGUAUGGCCGUGCCGGACCAAGUCGUUCAUUUUAUCAAUAUGAAAGGUUCAAUCAGGAUCUGUACUCGUCGUCUGGCGUGCAAUUGGCCUCAUCCAGCGCCUCUGGCAGCUCACACUCACCCUGCAGUCCCAUACUACCGCCGGCGGUGAGUGCGAAUGCCGCCGCUGCAGCAGUAGCGGCCGCACACAAUACCGCCGCCGCAGUCGUCGCCGUAGCGGCGCAAACCGCCAAUCAGUCGGCGAGCUUAAGCGCAGCGACGAGUCUGCCACUGGGCGGCAGCAGCGGCAGUGUUGUGCCCGGCAGCGGAGGCGGUGGCGGCGGUAAUGUUGGAAGUGCUGGAGUUAGUGCGGGCAUCGGCGGCUCUGUGAUCGGUGGCGCUGGUGGAGUAGUGCUGGGCGGCGGCGGUGGCGGCAGCGUAGCGGUCAACAGCGCGAUACAGCACAGCAGAGCGCAUACCAAAGAAGAGGAUCUGGGGGUGCCACGAAGUGAUGCCGAAGCACGUCUGGUGGGUUCGCAUCACAAUGAGUCCUCCUGCUCAUCGAGUCCCGAUUCACCUCGUCACAACUUGCAUGGAGCUCAGGCCAAGGAGCUGCCCCUGCCGUUGGACACAUCGAAUGUCAAUGGACAGGGCAGAGCACAAUACUUAUCAGCCACCUGCGUCGUAUUCACAAACUAUUCCGGCGACACGGCCAGCGUGGUGGAUGAGCAUUUCUCGCGGGCGCUCAACUUCAACAACAAAGACAGCAAAGAAACGAGUAGCCCCAUGUCAGCAAGAAACUUCCCACCUUCGUUUUGGAAUAGCAAUUAUGUACAUCCCGUACCCGCACCAGCACAUCCGCAGGUUGGCGAUUUGUACGCAUCGGACGGUGGCUACGCAACCGAUCCCUGGGUGCCACAUGCGGCCGCCGCACAUUACGGCUCCUAUGCGCACGCUGCACAUGCCCACGCCGCUCACGCGCAUGCCUACCACCACAAUAUGGCGCAAUACGGUAGCCUGCUACGGCUGCCACAGCAAUAUAGCCACGGUACCAGAAACUUUUCUCAUUGCAGACUGCAUCAUGACCAACAGACCGCGCAUGCGCUCGAAAGUGCGGCAGCCUAUUCCAGUUACCCCACAAUGGCAGGUCUAGAUGCCCAAGUACAGGAGUCGUCUAAGGAUCUUUAUUGGUUUUAAACUGACGUGUAACGUUAAACCAGAAUUCUCACGCACACACUCAUACACUUUCACAUACGAAACCAAAAUAUAUUCGCAAGCGUUGAUUGUUAUAAUUUUUAAAUUAAACUCCAUAAUUAAGUAUUUGUGGUUCAGCGUUAAUUCAAUUCUCGAAAUUCAAUGUUCAUAUAAAACGUAACUUAAUGAAAAGCAACAACACUAAUGCAACAACAACCAAUGUGCAAAUCUGUAUGUAUGUGUAUGUAAUAUGUAAUUGCCUGUGUGUGAACCGAACGGGCUUAUGUGUUAAUAGCAUUUUAAGAUAUUCAAGCCUCAAAAUAAUCGAUUUCCCAGCAGCAUUAAUCGGUUUAAUUUAUUUAUGUAAUAUUUAGCAUAAAAACCAAAUAGUUUAAGUUGAAUGCUGCAACGAUUUCGAUGACAACUAUUUAUUACAAUUAUUGUAGCGAAACUUUUAAUAUUUUAUUGAAAUUGAAAAAAAGACAAAAGCAUAUUUUUUAGGUGUAGCUAGGAACCGAUUUUGAUUUUUUUAUUAUUAUUUACAAAUUGCAUUGCAUGCGCUUACAUACAUACAUAUACAUAUACAUAUAUGUAUAUAUAUAUAUGUAAGCACGUGUGUGUAUGCAAUUUUGACGCUGCUGUGUUUGAAAGGUUUUUAGUUAGUCGAUUACUAUUCGUAGAUUUGUAUUGAUUAUUGCGGCGUUAAGGUACUUAUAAAUACAAAAUACUGUGUACAUAGAAAUAUAUAAACAUACAUAUUUAUAUGUACUUACCAUACUUACGAUUUUAUGUUAGAAACAAGUAAUUAUAAUGCUAUAAAUCAUAAAUGAGGUACUUAAAGUUAUUAAAAUGCAAUAAAUGCUAAGACACUUCGUAAUUAGUUAAGAAAAUGGUAUGAAUAAUUAUCCUUGUAAUUUCGUCUAAGUUCUU